CGAGUAGCACUGAUAAUUCUUUUUUUUUCUAUUUUUGUGAAAUAGCAACAGUUUAAGAGAAAGUCAACUGCAAGAUGAAAUGGAGACCAGGACAGUGACCGCGUUGAUCGCGCUGGCCUCCGUGGCAUGCGCCAGUGGAGUUCUUCAGGGUCGCGCCCUGUGUGCGAUAUUGCGAUUAACAACGGAAAAGCAAGUAAAUGUGCAGACGGUGCGGAAGGUUCUCUUGAUGGCGGCGCAGCACACGACGACGGACGUGUCGCUCAUUGAAGAUAAUUUGAAUUAUCUGCUGACUUCUUGGAUCGAGGAUGCGCAUUAUCAAUUGCAGAACUUUCCAUGGAUGCUUAUGGGAUGCGAGACUAUCGACGAAUUCUUUAGAAAGAAUGUCAACUGCAUUGUUCCGGUUCUACUGCGCACUUCGGAUAUCGAAGAGACCGUGUCUUUUUGCGUGAAUGUCGAUGUAGACUUCAAUAAAAUCUUCGAGGAUAUCUUCCCAUUCUGCUUCGUGUGGCUGAUAUCACGCGCCAUUGUAUUCGAUACUGACACAAUGCACAAGCUGAUAAAUAACACAGACGAGUUCGCAAACACGAAAACAUUCAGUCAGCUAUUCCGUUCUCGCUUACAGGACAUUCUUGUAGAACUAAUACGGCGGCUACAUGAUGAAGAUGACUUUAAGAAGAUUCUUUCGAUCUCAUUUACGUGCUUUCCGGCGACGGAUCCGCCGCAUUUCUCACGAGCCGUGCUGGAUCUAUGUUUUGAUUAUCUAGAAUCUGGUCAUUCUCUAAACACACACAUGCUGGUCGAACAACAACCGGCGACGCUGCAAAAAAUACUGUUGCGGCUCGCAAGCGCUGUACACUCGUCGCGCUCUCGCGAGGGUAAGCUCAAGCGACUACAUCAGUACGCGUACUUCUGCUUGCGGCUAACACAUGACCUCUCGAAGUCCGUCUUCAAUGAGAUGGCCGCGUUUCUGAUCCGAGACGUAUGCUACAGCUUGUUACAUCUCACCAGAAAUGGUGGUGAUGGCGACGAGACGCUCGUCGCGGCAUGCUGCAAAUUUCUGGACCUGUUCUUGAGACAAGCAUUGCCCGCGAGAGCCACGGAGGUUCAAGACGUCCUUCGGUUUAUCGUGGCAAAUUUGAUCGGCCUAGCGCAAUCGAAAAAUAGCAGCAUCAGCGAGAUGGCUGCGAGUCUACUUAGAUUUCUCGUGGUGGAGCAAAGAAAUGUACUACGAGAGGCCAUCGCAAAACUCGGCUCGUUUCCAAAUCAUGAAGUCUUCAAAGAUGUAAGAGAAACUCAUAACACUAUCCGAUUGGACGACGGAUCUGCGCUGUGCCUUGAAGGCGAGCUGGAACGUUUCCUAGAUGCCAUAGGUGAGGAAAACGCCGAGUGCACCCUGGAAGAUCUCGCGAAUUUCACGCAGCAGUUAUCAACGAGAAAAAGUGAGCUGCGAAAAUUACACCAAAAGUUGCAGAGUCCGUAUCCUGAGGAUGGUGCUAACAUCCUGCAUAGAUUGAUAUUCAGACUUAUCAGACUAACAGAAUCACCUAAUCCGCGCGUGUCGAUGGAGGCCACGAAAUGCUUUGGCGAAUUAGGCCCGAUGGACUUCACAAUGGCUCUGCAACCAGCUGGAAGUUUCGUCCGAAAAGAAGACUGUGCAAUAGAGGCUUUGACCUAUCGAUCGGUUGCGAUGUUGACGAAUUUUCUCGUGGAAAAUUCAGUGGAACUUCGCAAAGUGAGCGCUGAAGCCCUUUAUGCGGUGCUGUCAACCUCCAACGGUCGGAAACUAUUUGAUCUCAAAUAUUCAACAGACUUAUCGAACAUCCUUGAGUGUACAUCUCUGAAGAUCGAUUAUAUCCGACCGUUCGCUCGCGGCCGUUGCGUCAGGCAGACGUCCUUCAAUGUGGACACUGCAAAAUUUCGCGUUGUUAUGAAUCCAGAAAACGAGCUGUGGACAAUCCAGAACAACGAGAAUUAUGCCGAUUGGAUCAUCAACGUUACCUGCAGCGUUGCCGAAUGCUUCACAGACUCCUACUUGGAGAGCUUCCUGUCGGUUUGUCGACUCAGCGUCGAAUUCUGCGAACUGAUUUUGCCAAGAAUCGUUUACCUCGUCAUUCAUGAGAACGAUAGAUUUAUCGAUACCAUGUGUGAUUGCGUUAAUCAAUUUUUUAGGCAACACUUUGCAAUCGAUGAAGCGGAGACUACCGCAUCGCCGACGUCGAAAGGCGAUAGUUGUGACCAGAAGAUCAUACGCCGUAUGUUGGACGUGGUGAAUCAUAUACGCGCUCAACUGCCGGAUGGCGUGAAGUUAAGACUCGAUUACGUCUACCUAGCCAGAGCGGCGCACAAGUGCUCCGCAUACUAUACAGCGUUGCUGUUCGCGCAACUCGCCUGCGGGUCAAUCUCGACGGACUAUCCGGAUUUCAGCAGUGACCCGAGGAUCAACUACAUUUAUGAACGCCAGCCAGAAAUCGGCCGAGUGCUACAAAACAUCAUGCUGGACACCUACUUGAACAUUAGCGAUCCAGACGCCGGAGCUGGGUUGUCGCAUGUGCUUGAUCAUGAUUCUCGUGUGCAAUACUACGCCCGUACCAAUCGCUGGGACGAGGUCAUGCUCGCGCUGGACAUCGAGUUGUCCCAUAACAAUUACUCACUGUUGGCAAACGCCAGGAUGGAGAUGGCAAACGCGUUACACCGCUCAGGGAUGCAAUUUCUCCAGUGGCAAUUUCUGAGCGGUAGCCUAGACGAGAAAUUUAGUUAUGAGUGCGCCUGGAGACUCAGCAAAUGGGAUCUACCCGUCAACGACGCCACCAUCAUCAAUUAUAAUGAUUUCCAACCUCAGCAGUUACGAAUGGAGUCACUGGUGAACGCGUUCCACGCUCACCAUUAUCACGCACUGAAAUGCUUCCAUGAGAACGACCGUCAAGGUAUAGAUCGGGCGAUUGAGUGCGGCCGCAUGAGCGUGAUACACGAGUUACGAGUGAUCAGCCCUGAGAGUAGCAAGAUCAUCAAUCAAAAGCUAUCGCAACUGCGGAUGUUGCGUGAGAUUGAGCAAUUAAGCUGGGUAGCUGAUUCUUCGGAAAAGAAGUAUCCGGAGAUUUUGCGACGUUGGAACGAACACAAUAUCAGUUUGAUCGGUCAAUUCGACCACGUAGAACCGAUCCUGUCGCAGCGUAUCACUAUGUUCCGCAUCCGUGAAUCUCUGCGGACGAAUGCAGACGUGCAGAAAGCAUUCUUUGAUACUUGUCUGGACCUGGCAAAGGUCGCGGAGAGUCAGGGUAAUUUCUCGGUGGCCACCCGAGCGCUGAGACCUCUCGAGUUGCAUCAAAAUUUGUCCACAAAUCUGAAGAACCAACUGCUGUAUCAAGAAUCACUCUUGACAUGGAUGAAAGGCGAGCAGGUAAUAGCGCGUCAUCUGUUACGAAGCCUAAUCGAGAAGAAGGAUCCAAAACCAAGUCUGAAAGCUAAAGCUCUGCGAGUCUACGGUGAUUGGAUGGCGGAAACUAAGUCCGAAAAUCCUCAGGCAGUAAUACAAAAGUAUUACUUAGUGUCCAUUGAGAUCAGCGAAGCUAUCGACGAGCAAACAUCCGAUGUUAUCGAAAAUUUACAUGACACGCAGGCUGCACUGGCGCGCUUUGCUGAUACACAGUACCAGCAAAUCAGCACAUACAUGAAUUCGCCAACAUACGAGGCACUGAAGGAAUACGCUUGCAGCAGUACGGAUAAAGUGGACCACGCGAAGAUGAUGAGCAAUCAAUAUUUCAAGCGCGCCGUGAUAAUCAGUCAAAAGCAAUCGACGAACGACGCAGCCGAGCUGAAGAACAUCGAACAGGAGAAGCGCAAUUAUCUCGCACAAGCUUUGAAGUACUAUCUAAGGACGUUGCGUAGCAGUGAGAAGUACAACCUGCUAAUCUUCCGGCUGGUGGCACUCUGGCUGGACAACAUACGUGAUGAUGAAGUGAACGAGCAGCUACUGGACGAACUGGACACCAUACCCUCGUUCAAGUUUGUGCCGCUGGUGCCUCAAUUGGCUGCUCACAUAAGCAAUGAUAUCAGGCAGCAGUAUGGCUUCUCCGCACGAAUUUUCCGGAUCCUCGAACGAUGCACUCUGGAACAUCCAUAUCAUACAUUGCCUGUGGUUCUGGCGCUGAAGAACUUGCACAGCGACGACGAGUACGAAUCGGAUUCGACAGAUGCGAAGAAGGAAGAGCGUCGCGUGUUAGGCGCCAAGAAGCUUCUCAGUCGGUUGACCGACUCCUCUGUGCGAACAAUCAUUCACGAAAUGGAAAACCUAUCGCGGGCACUGUUGAGUCUUGCCUAUUGGCAACCCAAGGGCAAGUGCUAUUUCAAUAAACGCUAUGUGAUACCACGAGAGCAGCCAAUAUGCAAGAUCAAGAACUUGGACAAUGUUCUUCUACCAACCAUGAGUCUACCUGUGAGACCGUCGGGCAAUUACGACGACGUAGUCGGCGUAAGGUCAUAUCAGGAUUCCUGCGAAUUCGUCGGUGGCGUGAACAUGCCUAAAAAAAUUAUCUGCGUCGGCACCAAUGGCGUGCAACACCGGCAAUUGGUCAAGGGGAAAGAUGACCUACGGCAAGAUGCAGUGAUGCAGCAAGUGUUCACUGUGAUGAAUACUCUGCUGUGCACGUGUAAGGAGACGCAACGGCGGAAUCUACGUAUCAAAACGUACAAAGUGGUGCCGCUGACGCAGAGGUCGGGCGUGCUAGAGUGGUGCGACAACACGGUACCCAUCACGGUAAUCUUGGUAGGCAGUUCUGACAAGCCAGGUAUGCACAAGAAAUAUUAUCCGCGCGGCCUGACUGCGGAAGCGGCAAGAGAUAAGAUGAAGAACGUCGCUCAAGAAUCGAACGAGAUGAAAUUGAGAGUCUUUCUUGAGUGCUGCAAAUGUAUGAAGCCAGCGUUCCAUCAUUUCUUCGAGGAGAAGUAUCGAUCACCUGAAACCUGGGUCGAGAGGACUCUUACAUACACACGCAGCGUCGCCACCACGUCUAUCGCGGGUUACAUUCUGGGCCUCGGCGACAGACACUUGAGCAACAUCCUUAUAGACGAACACACCGCUGAAAUUGUUCACAUUGAUUUUGGUGUGGCUUUUGAGCAGGGCAAGGUCCUACCCCUUCCCGAGACAAUUCCUUUCAGAUUAACCAGGGAUAUCGAAGUCGCCAUGGGUGCCUCUGGCAUCGAGGGUACUAUGAGGCGUAGUUGCGAAGUGACUAUGACAAUGCUGCGCGAUCAGAGGCAGAUUAUCAUCACCCUCCUUCAGGUUCUGCUAUACGAUCCACUCUUCACGUGGGCGAUCACGCCGGAGAAGGCCUGCAAGAUGCAGAGCGAUGUCGUAAAGCGUUUCUCAGAAAACAGUGGACGAGCAUCUAUGGAAACUAACACGAUCGCCAAGAGAGCUCUUUUGAGGAUCGAACAGAAGUUGCAAGGCACCGAGGACGGUCUGGUGUCCAGUGUUCCCGGACAGGUCGAGAGACUCCUGCAGGAAGCGCGAGAUCCUGCGAAUCUAUGCCGAGUUUACUGUGGCUGGCAACCAUAUUUGUAAAUACCCGGUGAAUAAUCGUUCAUAGUGUUCAUAUCCAGUGGAUAC